AUGACCACCUCGCAUAAAGGCCGUUUUGGGUGUGAAGCAGCAGCUCGAAACGCUAAAUGGAAAUCAAGAGCGCCUCCUGACCCCUCAUUGAAGCGUCCAAUGGGGUUGCCCCAGCCUUGGCCUUUACAACCACAGAAAGCCCAUCACCUUCCUCCACAACUCCCUCUUUUCCACACUCGCCAUGCAGAGGAGAGUGCAGAGCGUCCUCAUCUGCUGACCAUCAUUCGGCCCGGGGAUCAAAACGCAAUGAGAAAGGUGACAGUGCUUCUAAACCGCAGAGGUGUGGUCUCUUUUGAGCAACUGCUAUUGGAUCUUUCUGAGGCUUUGGGGUUUCCUCGAUGGCACCGAGCGAAAGUAACACGACUUUACACUGUCCACGCUCGUGAGGUGAAGGGUGUGUGUGACUUUUUCUGUGGAGAAGUGGCUUUUGUUGCUCUGGGGAAGGCGCGUCCAGACCUGAGCUGUGUGCGAGAGGCUCUGGAAGAACUGUUCCCAGAUAACACUCAUUAUCAAGCAGAUGCAUUGAAGUCAUGGGAGAAGAGACUUCGUUCAUCACCUGACAAAGCAACUAAAGCUGACAGUGGAUACAAUAUUGAGCAGUGUUAUGAAAUUGGACGAGUGGUCGGAGAUGGGAACUUUGCAGUGGUCCGUGAGUGUCAUCGUCGUGACAAUGGACAAACCCUUGCACUGAAGAUUAUAGAGCGCUCAAAGCUGAUUGGCCGAGAGCACAUGAUGCAGAAUGAGCUGAGUCUAUUGGGAAGCCUAUGUCACCAACGAAUUGUGCGUCUUUUUGCUCAUCACCACACGGACACCCAUUCAUACCUUGUGAUGGAGUUUGUGAGUGGGGGAGACCUGUUCGAGGCCAUCAGUGAGAAGGGAAAGUUUUCCGAAGUCGAGGCUGGCAUGAUGGUGUCAGACGUGAGCCAAGCUCUCAAUUAUAUCCAUUGCAAGAGUAUUGUGCACCGAGACCUCAAACCAGAAAACCUGCUGAUUGAGAAGCAGACUGAUGGCAUCUGUAGACUCAAACUGGGUGACUUUGGUCUUGCGAUGGUUGUGACAGAACCAGUCUUCACUAUUUGUGGCACACCCACGUACGUGGCUCCAGAGAUUCUGCUGGAAACAGGUUAUGGGGUGCCUGUUGAUAUCUGGGCACUUGGAGUCCUUCUCUAUAUUCUUCUGUGUGGUUUCCCUCCAUUUCGGAGUAGAGAGAGAGACCAGGAAGAGCUUUUCCAGCUGAUAAAACAGGCACAUCUGCACUUCCUAUCACCAUAUUGGGAUCUAAUUUCCGAGGAGGCAAAGCACAUUGUUCGAACACUCCUUCAGCCAGAUCCCUCACUGCGGUUGACUGCUGAACAAACCCUUAUGCAUCCAUGGCCAGGGCUCGUUGGCCCCGGAGAAUCAGACAGCCAGGACCGCAGGAGGGACGAGGAUCGGUGGCUCGGUUGGGGUACAUCGCUGUUGUCCGCUGUCAUUGUGAAUAACUGCGUCGAGAGCACAACAAGCCCAGUUGUUUUUGUUCUGCAAAGGGACGGACUACUCUGUUUGUCAACGCAGCUAGCCACAUAUUCUGCUAGCCACUCAUUGCGACAGGCCCAUCACAGACUUUAG